AUACAGCAUACUGCCAAAUCGCGAUCUUUUCUUAUCUCUUAUCGUGACGUGACGCCAAAAGUCCCCAAGCUUCAACAGCUACCUAGGUACCUUCCUCAUAAUCAUCAGAUACAAUCACCUACGCGAGUACUUCAUUCUUACGAAGUUGUAAUAUUAAUUCUAGCGAGCCUAUCCAACCCCAUAAUCACACAUGAAAGGCUAGAUUUCAAUCUAUGAACUUCUAAACAACGACCCCCGAACCGAACACCAUCCUCAUAACCUCUCCCUUCAACAUCCACCGUCACAAUGCCAUCCGACUUAUCCAAUUACCUCGCAACACGCUACCUGGUCGCAGACCCCAAGCCAUCCAAAAAACGCAAGCGCAAGCAAAAAGACGACAACGCGGGCCUAAUAAUCGCGGAUGACGAUGAAUCCGGCUGGGGCACACGAGGAAAUAAAAACGGCGACGAUGACGACGACGAAGCAUCCGCCGUAGUCGCAGGAACCAGCGCCGAAUUCCGCAAAGCGAAAAAAUCCGCAUGGAAAGUCGUCGGCGGCGCCUCGACCUCUACCCCCAAUACCACCACACAAGACGACGAAGCAUCCAAAGCAGCAGACCUAAUCCUCGCCUCUGCAGCCGCUGAAACCGCCGCCCAAGGCGCCGAUGACGAAGAAUCCGCCCCCGCAAUAAUGAUGUCCGACGGCACCCACGCCGGUCUCCAAACCGCAGCCGCCGUAUCCGCGCAACUCGAAGCCCGGCGUCUAGCCGAGCUCGACGAAUACGCGCGUUCGGGCCACUCCACGACGAAAGAAGCCGAGACUAUAUACCGCGACGCUACGGGUCGUCGUGUAGACGUAAGCAUGAAGCGCGCCGAACUACGUCGUGAAGCACAAGCCGCUGCCGAACGAGAAGCCGCCAAAAAAGAAGCCCUUAAAGGUGAAGUCCAGGUUGAAAAUGCUAGAAAACGGCGCGAGGAGUUGGAGGAUGCGAAGGUUAUGGCGGUGGCGCGACAUGCGGAUGAUGAGGAUAUGAAUCGCGAGAUGCGGGAGCAGGUCCGGUGGGGUGAUACUAUGGCACGGUUUAUAGAGCCAAGGGAAGGGGCUGAUGGCGGAGGGGGAAAAGAUAGUGGGGGAAGCAAAAAGAAAAAUUUGAAGGGUAGACCGAUAUAUCAAGGUGCGUGGACGCCAAAUCGAUAUGGCAUCCGACCAGGGUACCGGUGGGAUGGUGUGGAUAGGGGGAACGGAUUUGAGGCGGAGAGGUUCAAGGCUAUUAACAGGCGUGAGAGGAAUAAGGGGUUGGAAUACUCGUGGCAGAUGGACGAGUAAGUGGAAAUUCAGAUGAAAAAUCCACAAUAAUGCAUAGCAUGGUAGGGGCAGCAUAUCACAGUUAAGCA